AUGAGACACUUGCACCUGAUUCUGCAAGCCAAGUGGGUGUCCACAGCAGGGAAGGAGGCCCUGCCAUCCUGGCUGCACUGGGACCCACAGAGCCACACCCUGGAGGGCCUCCCUCUUGACACCGAUAAGGGUGUGCAUUACAUUUCAGUGAGCACUGCACGGCUGGGGGCCAAUGGGAGCCAUGUUCCCCAGACCUCCAGCGUGUUCUCUAUUGAGGUAUACCCUGAAGACCACUGUGAGCCGCAGUCUGUGCGGGCGGCAUCACCAGACCCUGCUGAGGUGGUGUCAUCUACCUGUGCUGCCGAUGAGCCUGUGACUGUUCUGACGGUCAUUCUGGAUGCUGACCUCACCAAGAUGACCCCAAAGCAAAGGAUUGACCUCCUGCACAGGAUGCAGAGCUUCUCAGAAGUGGAGCUUCACAACAUGAAGUUGGUACCAGUGGUGAAUAAUAGACUGUUUGACAUGUCAGCCUUCAUGGCUGGCCCAGGAAAUGCGAAAAAGGUGGUAGAGAAUGGGGCCCUCCUCUCUUGGAAGCUGGGCUGCUCCCUGAACCAGAACAAUGUGCCUGAUAUUCGUGGUGUGGAGGCCCCUGCCAGAGAGGGCACUAUGUCUGCCCAGCUUGGCUACCCUGUGGUGGGUUGGCAUAUAGCCAACAAGAAGCCCCCUCUUCCCAAACGCAUCCGGAGGCAGAUCCAUGCCACACCCACACCUGUCACUGCCAUUGGGCCUCCAACCACGGCCAUCCAGGAGCCACCAUCCAGGAUUGUGCCUACCCCCACAUCUCCAGCCAUUGCUCCUCCAACAGAGACCAUGGCUCCUCCAGUCAGAGAUCCUGUUCCUGGAAAGCCCACAGUCACCAUUCGGACUCGAGGUGCCAUUAUUCAGACCCCAACCUUAGGCCCCAUCCAGCCCACUCGGGUGUCAGAAGCUGGCACCACAGUUCCUGGCCAGAUCCGCCCAACGAUGACCAUUCCUGGCUAUGUGGAGCCUACAGCAGUCGCCACCCCUCCCACGACUACCACCAAGAAGCCACGAAUAUCCACACCAAAACCAGCCACGCCUUCUACUGACUCCUCAACCACCACAACUCGAAGGCCUACCAAAAAGCCACGGACGCCCCGCCCGGUGCCACGGGUCACCACCAAAGUUCCCAUAACCAGAUUGGAAACCGCCUCCCCGCCUACUCGCAUCCGCACCACCACAAGUGGGGUUCCCCGUGGAGCAGAACCCAACCAGCGGCCAGAGCUCAAGAACCAUAUCGACAGGGUCGAUGCCUGGGUUGGCACCUACUUUGAGGUGAAGAUCCCAUCAGACACCUUCUAUGACAAUGAGGACACCACCACUGAUAAGCUGAAACUGACUCUGAAGCUUCGGGAGCAGCAGCUGGUAGGUGAGAAGUCUUGGGUACAGUUCAACAGCAACAGCCAGCUCAUGUAUGGCCUGCCUGACAGCAGCCACGUGGGCAAGCACGAGUACUUUAUGCACGCCACAGACAAAGGGGGCCUAUCAGCUGUGGAUGCUUUUGAGAUCCAUGUCCACAAGCGCCCUCAAGGAGACAGGGCUCCUGCACGGUUCAAGGCCAAGUUUAUGGGUGACCCAGCACCAGUGGUGAAUGACAUCCACAAGAAGAUCGCCCUGGUGAAGAAGCUAGCCUUUGCUUUUGGGGACCGCAACUGUAGCACCAUCACUCUGCAGAAUAUCACCCGGGGCUCCAUCGUGGUGGAGUGGACCAACAACACAUUGCCCCUGGAGCCCUGCCCCAAGGAGCGGAUCAUGGGGCUGAGCCGGAGGAUUGCUGAAGAUGACGGGAAACCUCGGGCUGCCUUCUCCAACGCCUUGGAGCCUGACUUCAAGGCCACGAGCAUUGCUGUGACAGGCUCAGGCAGCUGCCGGCAUCUACAGUUUAUCCCUGUGGCACCACCCAAGAGGGUGCCCUCAGAGGCACCGCCCACAGACGUGCCGGAUAGGGACCCUGAGAAGAGCAGUGAGGAUGACGUUUACCUGCACACGGUCAUUCCAGCCGUGGUGGUUGCAGCCAUCCUGCUCAUUGCCGGCAUCAUUGCCAUGAUCUGCUAUCGAAAGAAGCGGAAGGGCAAGCUCACCCUCGAGGACCAGGCCACCUUCAUCAAGAAGGGGGUGCCUAUCAUCUUUGCGGACGAGCUGGAUGACUCCAAGCCGCCACCCUCCUCCAGCAUGCCACUUAUCCUGCAGGAGGAGAAAGCCCCUCUCCCCCCUCCUGAGUACCCCAACCAGAGCGUGCCCGAGACCACUCCUCUGAACCAGGACACCGUGGGAGAGUACACGCCCCUGCGGGAUGAGGAUCCCAAUGCGCCUCCUUACCAGCCCCCCCCACCCUUCACGGCCCCCAUGGAGGGCAAGGGCUCUCGUCCCAAGAACAUGACCCCAUACCGGUCGCCCCCUCCCUACGUGCCCCCUUAA